UGGAAUAAGCUCCCUGGAUCGCUAGCACUAGUGGUGACACGCGCCAGACAAAGGAUCUGGCGUUCUAUAAAGGAGGCAGCAGGCAGGGACCGGCAAUUGGCUGGAUUGUCAGGAGAGAGAGCAGCUCUUGUGUCUCAGAGCUGGGAGAGCAAAGUACGGGGAGCAGCCAGAGCGAACUUGGGCUGCAGGCGAACACUUCUGCAAGAUCAGCUUUGGAAAAGUUCUGCCGGUUCUUGAGAAUGACCAGAAAGAUCUUCACCAACAGCAGGGAGAGGUGGAGGCAGCAGAACGUCAACAGCGCAUUUGCCAAGCUGAGGAAGCUCAUUCCCACCCACCCUCCGGACAAAAAGCUCAGCAAGAACGAGACGCUCCGCUUAGCCAUGAGGUACAUCAACUUCCUUGUCAAGGUGCUUGGGGAACAAGGCCUGCAGCAGCCAGGGAUGAAUCCACGGGGAAGGAUACUGGGACUGUUCCAGCCAAGUCCAAGUUUGGAAAGCAUGGAAGACUUGACUCUCAUUGAAGACUCUGAGGUCCCUUCUCCCAACACAAGCAGCAAUGCCCCAGAAUGUUGGUCAGAGGCCUCAUCUCCGUGACCUGCUGUUUGUCGGGGCUGUAGCCCUCCUGGUAGUAAUUUGAUAGUUUCCCUUCUUUAUACAAGUUGUGGGUUGUCUGCCUAUGUACAGUAUUUAUAUAUAUAUCUUUUGCUCUUUUAACGAAUGUAUUUUGUGUAACGGUUUCUUUGGGAGAUGCUAAUUUUCAGUACUUAAAAAGAGGGAUAUCAAAUCUCUGGAAGUUGAUCAGGAUUCCAGCAGCUCUACUUGCCACAAAGUGCUUUGAUCUCAAGGCCAAGGAUCUUUGGUAUGGCUCACAGAAAACUACCCAUGAUGCAUUGGUGAGAGUUAUUGGAGCCAAUAGCUGGUGACUGAGCAGCAACGUAACUUCUAGGCCCAGUUCAUACAAUUAUUGGGCUGUGGAGCCAGUGUGGUGUAGUGGUUAAGAGCGGUAGUCUCGUAAUCUGGUGAACCGGGUUCGCUUCCCUGCUCCUCCACAUGCA